AUGCGCUUCUUCGCUGGAUUUCCUCAGGGAGGAUCCGCCCAAUCCUACCAGCUCCGUCUAUCGCUUUCCUUUCUUCUACUUGUUCUGCUAGGCGGGUUACAAAAUGUCCUCGCAGAAAUUGAUUAUGCAUUUAAAUCACGUCCCGAUCUGUAUCCCCCAAUCAUUACUCUAGAGCAAAAUGUCCCGCAAAAGCUUCAGCCAGGAUACAUCUUUCUAGGUCCCUAUGAGGCGGAUAAUUCGGGUCCGUAUAUCUACGACAAUGAUGGGUAUGGAGCGGUUGGGGUAAUUCUGGCCCUGGGAACGCUCACGGGCAUCCAACAGAAUGGAUAUUGCAGGGGUCAUGGGGUAAUUAUGGACAACAAUUAUCACAUCGUGAAAACGGUGGUUCCCGGGGGAGGGAUGGCGGCGAGCGACAUGCACGAGUUUAUGCCUAUUAACGAUGGAAAGACGGCGCUGAUGACCGUUUACCAGCAGCGCCAAUUUGAUAUGAGCAUCUGGAACGUCAAAGCGGGCAUGGGAUGGCUGAUGGAGAGCGUCUUCCAAGAGGUAGAUGUGGAAACCAGCCAGGUUCUAUUUGAGUGGCGGUCGCUGGAUCAUGUCGAUCCCUCUGCAAGUUAUACAUACCCUGGACACACAGACACCUCGGGCACCGGGCUGGAACCGCGCUCCCCAUGGGAUUACUUCCACAUCAACUCGAUCGAUAAGAACAAGGACGGAGACUACCUAAUCUCGUCGCGUCACACCUGCGCCAUCUACAAGAUCUCAGGCAAGGAUGGAUCGAUUCUCUGGCGGCUACACGGAUCCAAUCCGACGUUCCAAAAUCUCAAUUUUAAUUUCUCUCAGCAGCAUGAUGCGCGGUGGCUGAGUGAGAAUGCAACUCACACGGUGUUAUCGUUGUAUAACAACGGGUUCAACGGCUACAACCAAACCCACGAGUACUCUUCGGGUAUGAUCAUUCUGAUCGACCACGUGGAUAACACGGCGCGGCAGUUGCAUGAAUAUGCCCCUCCCGGCCACAGUAUGAUUAGUUCGAGCCAGGGCAAUAUGCAGGUGUUGGAGAAUGGCAACGUGUUUAUAGGCUGGGGGAACAACGCCUAUAUCUCGGAGCACGACGCGCAAGGGAACCUCCUGCUUUGGGGAUAUAUCGAUCGGGAUCGAAUCAUGAACUAUCGUGCUCAGAAAUUCCACUGGGACGGACACCCGACCGACAUUCCAGCGCUGUGGACCUAUUCCAAGUCGACCAACCCGCAUGCCUCGACCACGUUCUACGUGAGCUGGAACGGCGCCACCCGCGUCAAGUACUGGCGGUUCUACGGGUCCACCAACACCACAAGCUCGUAUACACUCAUUCGACAGGUCGUCAAGGACGGAUUUGAGACAACAUAUACCGAGCCCUAUUUCUACCGCUGGGCGUACGCUGAGGCGCUCGACGCACAGGGCAAAGUGAUUGGGAAAUCGCGCGAGCAGUUUACUUUUAUCCCAUCUCCUGUCCUCCAAGAGCACUGUGAGGAAAAGACCUGUGAGAAUACGAACGCCUAUGGAGCACCUAACGAAGAAGACGCCCAUGCGAUGAUCCCCCCCGCGAACAUCAACACGGUGCCGUGGGUGGACCCUUACCAUCAAGGCGCCCACCUUACCUGGGGGCACUCCGAGGCCCCGGUUCCAUCGGAGGGACCGACGCCGGGAAGUUUGGAGAAGACGUACAAUCGCGCCGGAUGGAUUGCCCCCGUAUUGGGCGUGCUUGUUGCAGUGGUAGGCGUCUACCUGGCGCUCCGCCUGUCCCGGGGAUAUCAAUGCUCCAACGGGGCGAGACGAGGAUCAUCAUCGGAGGCCUUGAACGGGAUGAACGAAUCAAAAGCAUCCAUCGGUUAUUCCAGCGCACCGUGGUGGAGUUGGCGGCGAUGGGCGCCAAUAAGCGAACCACCAGGAACCACUUCUACUACUACUGCUGCUACCUCUAUCAACAAUCUCGAACCCUCUUCCUCUUCCUCUCCUACCCUUCAUCACACCUCAUCCCAUUCCCACAAUCGCACCGCCUCCAAACCCCGGAAUGCUCAUCAUACCCGGAAGACCUCUUGGGCUUCCGGUCUCGAUCAAGGCAACGAACCUUCAUCCGAUUACUCUUUGCCGCAGCAGCGUCGUCGCGGGGAAUCUACCGCUUCCCUCACUGAGGACAACGACCCUACCGUUAAGAUGGCCCUGAGGAAUACCUCCUUUGACUGGACCGACCGGCAAGCCCGGGCUCGUUUGCAAUCCUUAUCCCAUAUACCCGUCUCCAACCCUAAUGAAUCCUCUCCGCCCCGUCCAGGACCCGUCACCUGGAUGUCUCUCCCGCGCAAGAAACAGCUGGCCUUACUGGGUCUUUGUCGCGUUUUUGAUUUCCUACAGAUCGCUUCCCUGCAAGCCUACAUGUUCUACCAAUUAAAGUCCUUUGACGGGAACCUCUCCGACUCCGAUAUUUCCACCCAGGCCGGUAUCCUCCAGGGGGCUUUUACCGCCGCCCAAUUCGCCACUGCCAUCCCCUGGGGUCGCGUCGCCGAUGCCGAGUGGGGUGGCCGUAAGUUUGUGCUCCUUGUUGGUCUUUUGGGGACUGCCGUUUCUUGUUUGGGUGUGGCCUUUGCGACCUCGUUCGCGCAGGCUGUGUUCUGGCGCUCGUUCGGCGGUGCGAUCAAUGGAACCGUCGGGAUUAUCCGAACGAUGAUUGCGGAGAAUGUCAAGGAAAAGAAAUACCAUUCCCGCGCGUUUUUGAUUCUCCCCAUCGGAUUCAACAUUGCAUCUCUCUUUGGUCCUGUUAUGGGUGGAAUGCUCUCCGACCCUAUCCGGAGCUACCCACGACUCUUUGGCCCCAACUCGUCGUUCGGAGGGGAGCAUGGCGUCCAGUGGCUCAUGCAUUAUCCGUACGCAUUACCCAUGCUGGCAAAUGCGUUUUUCCUUACGUUCUGUGCCGUCUGCGUCGGCAUGGGUCUUGAAGAGACCCUGGAUGCAUGCAAAGGAAAGCCUGGCCUGGGUGCCUUUUCGAUGCGCCUCAUGGCGCGUUGCGUCCGGGUUAUAGUGCCGUCUUCAUCUCCGCUGUACUCCCGACUCCCUUUCGCCGACUAUGACGAGCAAGGCCCUCUGUUGGGGCGGUCCACCGAAGUUUACGAGCUUGAAGAAAAGGCAACUAAGCCGUCGCGUGGAGCGCGCAUCCUACCAUUCCGCCGUAUCUGGACGAAGAACGUGCUGUGCACGCUACUGGCGCAGGCGUUCUUUGACUUUCAAAUGGGUGCCUUUAAUAACCUCUGGCUACUCUUCCUCUCGACUCCCCGCUAUGACGUUAAUGACCCUGCCAGUCCUGCCCAGAAACUCCCAUUCAUCUUUACAGGAGGGCUGGGAAUGCUGCCUCAAAGCGUUGGGUUCGCUACUGCAAUUCUCGGCGUGAUUGGCAUGCUCCUCCAAUUUACCAUCUACCCCUCAAUCAAUAGCCGUCUGGGAACCGCCAAAAGCUAUCAGUACUUCCUCAGUCUCUUCCCUGUCGCAUACGCCUUUGCUCCUUAUAUCGCCCUCGCGCCCUCUUCCACCCCUCCUCCAGGCCAAGCCAACGGAGGCUGGGUAUGGUUCUCAAUCAUCAUUGCCCUCUUCCUGCAGGUCACAGCACGUACAUUCACCCUUCCUACGUCUAUCAUCCUCCUCAACAACUGCUCUCCUCAUCCUUCCGUCCUCGGCACCAUCCACGGCAUUGGCCAGUCCGUGUCCUCUGCCUUCCGGACAAUAGGACCCAUCUUUUCGGGUUCUUGGUACGGCUACGGCCUAGAAAUCGGCACGGUCGGAUUUGCCUGGUGGUUGAUCGCGCUGGUCUCAGCUUUUGGCUGUUUUGCCGCCAUCUUCGUCUACGAGGGGUCCGGUCAUGAAGUCUAUCUCCCAGGCGAAGAAGAAGAAGAUUUCCGGUCAUGA